UUUCCUCUUCUUGGCGGGUUCUUUGUUAUUGCCUCUUUUUGACAGCAAAAGCGUGCUCUUGUGUAGACACAUUCGUGUUGGCUGCCUUUUUGUUUCGUGGUUUUGAUUAAUUUACCAUUGGCUGCGAACGGAAGCCGCAUCGGUUUGGUUUCUUUUCGACGUAUUAAUUUAUUAAAAUGUUAAUUAAUUUGUCAGGCGUCGACAGGCGUCGAAUUCGCUUGAUAAAUUGUCUAAAAUAAUAGCGAGUUCGAGUGUGAAAAUCCAUCUCACUCUUUACUUUUCCAAAUCAACAUGGCUCUGAAAUUUACGUGAUUUAAUAGCAAUUAACUUUCAAUGUAAGUCUUCGGAAUAUGUCUGACAAGGCCAAAAAAGAGGAGACCGAACAGUUGGAUGAUGAUUCCAGUGACGACGAUUCCACUCAGAUCGAAACCAGAGAUCAGCUUUCCUGGUCCAAUCCCACCAUCACUGCAUCACCCUCGAUUCUGCGACCCAUCAACACUCCUCGUCCUGAUAUUUCAAAUGCCCCCUCGGUUGUCAUUUCCUUGCCCAGUAGCGAUACCUUCGUCGUGACCGAGGAAACUCCGGAGCAGCGACUCCGGCGCAGGAUGAGGUUCCUCGAGUUGCGGCGGGAGCACUACAACCACAUCAUUCACAGCGAGCAGUGUGACAUGUCGGAUACGGAUGGUGAAGAUCACACGGAGGAUCACGUGGAGAAACACCCAAAGUGUCAUGAGAACUGCAAGCCCAAGUAGGGACGAGCGGAUCGAGUGUGUUAAAUUUUAUAAUUGUUAAAUGAAAUUAAUUACUACCUUCAUAUUAAAAUCGCCUGAAGCACUUUUGCUUUAUAAACCUUA